AUGCCAGUGUUUUAUACACCUGUUCCGGAGAACCUGCAGAUGGGUCUGGCCUACAUGGGAGGCUCUGUGUUCACCAACAACAGGACAGCAGACAGCGACUUCACCAGGGAGCAGGAGGACGCCUCUGUGGUCAAUGAGUUGGUUUCCCACCUCCCGCUGCAGAUGCUGCUGUACUUCAACAUGUUUUAUUUUCCUUGUUGGUGGUUUUCUGCUGUUUUCAUGUUGGAAGUCAAGUUUUAUUAUCUUCCCGGAUACUACCAAGCUCUGCUCAUAACUGGGAUGAUCCUCCUCACAGUCAUUGAAGUGGUCCGACUCCAUCUAGGCUACGUUGGCAACCUUAAAGAGAAGGUGCCAGAGCUGGCAGCCUUCUGGCUCCUGUCUUUCAUGUUCCAGCUGCCAGUGCUGCUGUUCUUCCUGACCGAUGAAGGAAUUAUCAUCCUGCCUCUAGAAAGAGCCGUCCAUUCCAUCUACCUGUUCUUCGUGCUCGCCCAGAUCCUGGCUUCCUUCCUGGCUCUUAGGACCAUGACCCGAAAGCUUACUCUGCUUUUCCAUCUGCGCCAGUUUGGCAAGGUGGAGAGCUUCCACCAUGCGGGUAUGAGCCCUGUCUACGGGCUGCCCUACCACCGCAGUGUGUUGCCUGUAUCACCCAGCCAUGAUAUGUACCAUUAAAGUAAAGUAUUCAAACAAUUUUAGAUGUUUUCAUAUUUUACCUUUGUUCGCUUACUUUUGCUAAAACUACAUUAUGUGCUUU